AAAUAAAGGGAAUUUUACAAAAAUACUGCUUUUGGACCAAAACUUUACAAUUAUACUGGGACACGGCAAAAACAACAUUUUUACUGCCCCAGCCCAAUUUCAUUACUUUUGUACUGCCCAAGCCCAACAUCAUUUCAUUUAUACUGUGAACAGUAAAACACACAAGAAACAACCUUCUUCGUGUGUGGGGAGACGCCGGAGACGGAAAUCACCAAGAAAAAACCAUUAAAUCCGGCGAAGAGUUUUUUGAAAAGGAAUCAGAAUUGAAGAACAAGACGUACAGAAAACUGUCCCCCCAAAAUAACAGAGGUAAUGGAACGUCUACCAGUACUCAUCAAGAGCAAUGGACAAUGGAAUGAAGAUCACAAUUAUGUGAACUAUGUGGCUAGUGGAGAAUUCAUACCAACAAAAUGCAAGUACGAAGAGCUACUGCAAAUACUGCUCACUUCAUUGGGUUGCGAAAACACCAGCACAACACUACAAAUACAGUACCAAGCUAAAGAAGGAAUACCACCGAUCAAAAUAUGCAACGAUCGAAGCCUCUACUUUUACUUGGAAUUGAAAAUGAAGGAAACAGAUUUCACGACAUAUCCACUAUGUGUCAACCAGCAAAACAACAACACAACACAUGCUGCAACACCAAAUUCGAUAUCCACAACAACACCGAAUGAAUAUAAUGUGGCAAUGAUCGAAAACAACACAACAACGCUUGAAAACAACAUAACAACAACAGAAUCAUACACAACGGGACAGCAAACAGAAGAAGAGGAAAAGUCAGAAACAAUAGAAGAUGAGGAGGACAAAUUCGACAUAAUUGACUAUGCAAAUGCCCUUAACAAAUGCCCUGUUUCCACAAUUUGUACUGAAAUACACAUGUUUGGUAUCUGCAACAGGUUCUCAAAUAUGCACACAUGCCCCAUAAAUAUUAGGCAUGAAGACCAAAGGCAAGCAACAUCGAAACUGAUAGGGGAAUGCAUAAAACCGAAGUUCUUGAACAUAAAGACCAAGGCAACAGCGAUGGACAUAAAAGGGGAGUUGAAAUACAAAUUUGGCAUCAAAAUGAACUAUAUGAAAGCUUGGAGAAGUAAGGAACAUGCAGUAAACGACUUGAGAGGUAAUGCUAGUUACUCGUACAGCCUAAUACCGAGUUUCUUACACAUGGUGGAAAAAACAAACCCUGGAUCAUUUGUCGAUCCGAAAACGGCAGAAGACAACAGCUUGCUCUUUGUUUUCAUGGCGUUGGAUGCAUCCAUAAAAGGGUGGGGAGCAUGCAGAACAAUAGUUGUUGUGGACGGAACGUUCCUCAAAGCAGCUUAUGGGGGAACUUUGUUGUGCGCAUGCACACAAGAUGCAGUAGGUCAUAUUUUUCCACUAGCGUUUUGUGUUGCAGAUUCUGAGAAUGACCAAUCUUGGAAAUGGUUCUUCAAAAAAUUUAAAGAAGCGUAUGGGGUACAGGAACACCAAUGCCUAAUUUCAGACAGGAAUGAAAGCCUCAUCAAAGCAGCAAGAGAAAUCUAUCCAGAAAUUGCACAAAGUUACUGCGGUUACCACAUUUUGAGCAACCUUAAAACAAGCUUCAAACAACAUGCUGCCAAAUACAAUCUGCCAUUCUUUGGAGCAGUCAAAGCCUACACAGAAAAGCAAUUCGAGUUCCACAUGGCUGAAUUGGAUGGAUUGGACAAACGCAUAAGACCUUACCUAAAAAAAAUCGGGUAUGAAAAGUGGUCAAGAAUUCAUAGCCAAAACAAGAGGUAUUCCACAAUGACCUCAAACAUAUCAGAAUCACUGAACGCUGCAAAUUUGGCAGCAAGGGAGCUACCAAUUACAACACUGCUAGAAUGCUUGAGAGCAUUGGUGCAACAAUGGACGCAUACUAAUAGGAUAAAAGCACACAACACCUUCACUAAGCUAUCACCAACUGGAGAAGACAUACUGUUGAAAAAUUACACAUACUCAUUGAAUCUGGAGGUUAAAGCAACAACAUAUUACUUGUUUGAGGUAACAAGAAUGAAAGAAUCGUGGGAAGUAGACCUAGAAAAAAGAACAUGCACCUGCAACAGGUUCCAAAUAGAUGAAAUGCCAUGCGGGCACGCAGUGGCCGUGAUGAGGGAGAUGAACAUGGACCCGUACACCUACUGGACAGUUUACCCAAUAGGACACCAAAGUGAAUGGGAGGUACCGGAAGAAGUGAAGAAUAUUACAGUCUUGCCUCCACAUGAAAGAGUAAAAUCAGGAAGACCAAAAACAUUGAGAAGGAAGGCUGGAUGGGAAAAGGAUCAACACAACAAGUGCAGCAAAUGUGGUGAACUGGGGCAUAACAAAAGAACAUGCAGCAGAAGACGUAGAAGGGAAUAA